UGAAACACUUAAACGUUCGUUGAGCACCCAGUGCGACUGAUCAUAUCCACCGGUCCGAAAGUUUUGUGAUAACCACUUGAUAACCAGACAGUCUAGCGUCUAAUAAAGUUGUUAUUGAAUUUGCCCAUUUACAAGAUCCAUAAACAAGCUGUCAAGUAAUCUUUUAAUCAUGGGUUUGACGCGCGUGCUGUUGAAGGAUGGCGGCUUUGGCACCCAGAUGACUGUCCAUGUGGGUAACUCUGUGGAUGGGGAUCCGCUGUGGAGUUCCCGCUUCAAUGCCACCAAUCCGGCGGCCAUCAUCAGCACCCACCUGGACUUUUUGCAGAAUGGUGCAGAUAUCAUUUUGACCAACACCUACCAGUCCAGUGUCGAUGGUUACAUGGAGUAUCUGGAGCUGGACGAGGAGCAGAGCAUAGAGCUGAUAAAGAACACGGUCCGCUUGGCACACAUCGCCAAGGAGCGCUAUCUCACCGAGUGUUAUCAGGCACAGCUGGCGAUGCCGGAGGGAUACCCUCUGAUCAUCGCCUCUAUUGGACCCUUUGGGGCCCACCUACACGAUGGCUCCGAGUACACCGGUAGCUAUGCCGACUAUGUGCCGGCCAAGGAGAUUACAGAUUGGCAUCGCGUGAGGAUCGAAGCAUGCUUGGAGGCUGGUGUGGAUGCGCUGGCCAUCGAGACGAUUCCCUGCCAAAUGGAGGCGGAGGCCCUGGUGGAGAUGUUGUGCGAUGAUUAUCCGGAUGUGAAGUUCUGGGUGGCCUUCCAGUGCAAGGAUGAGAAUACCUUGGCGCAUGGAGAGACCUUUGCGGAUGCGACAAAUGCUAUUUGGGACCUGUUGGCUGAGCGUAAUGCCCAGGACAAAUGCCUAGCAAUCGGAGUAAAUUGUGUGCAUCCCAAGUUUGUGACUCCUUUGUUCAAGAGUUUGAAUGGAGACCGCGAAGUGGGUGAGCAAAUACCGCUGGUGGUGUAUCCCAAUAGCGGGGAGGUCUACGACGUGGUCAACGGCUGGCAGGGAAAGGAGCACUGUGUUCCCCUGGCAAACUACGUACCAGAGUGGGCGCAACUGGGUGCCAAGGUCAUUGGAGGAUGUUGUCGCACCUAUGCGCGGGAUGUACGCCACAUAGGGGAAGCCAUUCGCGACUGGAACAAACUGAAGAAGCUCUCCUAGAGAUGCACUUCUAAGCUGGGGAUCUCAGUAACUUCGAAAGAACAAAAGAUUAUUCAUUUAGUACUGUAAAUAUAUGUAUUUAGUUAUUAAGGCUUAGAACUUAUUUGAAU